UCCAAUUUUUACCUAUAAUAGAUUUAUAGUUAAAUUUUUCUUUUAAAAAAUAUUGAGCAGAAAAAAUAAAAUUGGGUUUAGGCCACUAACUUGUUCAUAGGUUGAUCGAGCAUUGAGAAAUGGAAGAAGAGAUGAAACAAGCAGCUCAAAAAGGGGAUAUUAAUGCUUUCUACAGAAUUGUUGAAAGAGAACCAUUAAUUCUUAAAAACAUUGACGAGAAAGAAUUUGUAGAAACCCCUUUGCACACAGCUGCAUCUUGUGGGUGCACUAACUUUGCCAUUGAAAUGUUGAGCUUAAGGCCUUCUUUCGGAAGGAAGCUGGACCCCAAGGGAUAUAACCCUCUGGAUCUAGCACUUCAUAAUGGACACGAAGACACUGUGAAGCAGCUCAUAAGAUAUGAUCCUAAACUCAUUCAAGUCAGAAGCAGGGAGCGGAAGACUCCGCUGCACUAUGUAGCUGAAACUAACAAUGCUGAUCUUCUCAGUGAGUUUCUCGUAGCUAGCCCCACCGCGAUCAAGGAAGUGACCAUUCGAGGGAGAAACAGCUGUGCAUCUCGCUGUGUCAAACUGCCAAUUGCUAGCUUUUAAAGUUCUAAUAGGUUGGCUCUACCGGACUGACAACAAAAAAAUAUUGGACUGGAAAGACAACGAUGGCUACACAGAGUUGCACAUUGCUGCACAAUCAGGUCAAGUUGAGGUUGUAUAGAUUUUAACAAGGGAAAGAGUGGAUCUUGAUAUUAGGAAUGGAGAUGAUAAGAGCGCUCUUGAUAUCGUUGAGGAUCGAAUAGCAGAUCAUAACGGUAUUGAUGUUGUUUCAA